CCGCCGCACGCUUCUUCCCCCCCUCUCCGCGCCUCCUCCUCUGCCGGUCGCUGCGCCGCCGGCUCAGCCGCUUGUCCUGCGCCUUCUCCUCCCCGCUCCUCGCUGAGUCAUCGACCAGAUCGGCGUCCAUGUUCAGCAGCGGCGGGGGCAUCUUCGGCGGAGGAGGCGGGUGGUCGUGGCGGCGGCACCUUCAGCGGCGUCGCCGGACUCCCGUCGCUGACCUCGGCCUCACCCAGAAGAGGUCUUGUCCGCCCAUGCCGCCAAGGAGGGGGAGCAGCCGUGCCCGGACGAGGUCGUCCCCAACUCCUGCAUCUAGUCGUCGACCUUACCAACACUGCAGUCGCCGCUGCUGGUCGAGGUCGCCCAGGUUGACACCGGCCCCGCCGGCCUGCAGGUCAUCCUGCCCGACAUGGUAUUUGGCAAUAUUGGUUCUUGGGCUGCCCAAUUGAUCACUGAAGCUGGUGGCAAGGUGGUCUCCAUCAGAGAUGUCACAGGGGCUGUCAAGAACUCCAAUGGCAUUGACAUAGCCAAGCUGAUGAAGCACUCGGCAGAGAACCGCGGGAUCAAGGGCUUUGACGGAGGCGACGCCGUCGACCCGACCUUGCUGCUCACGGAAGAGUGCGACGUGCUCAUCCCGGCAGCUCUGGGAGGAGUCAUAAACAAGGACAAUGUUGAUGCCAUCAAAGCAAAGUACAUCAUCGAGGCUGUUAACCACCCAACAGACCCCGAGGCCACGAGAUUCGGGCAAAGAAGGGCGUGCUGAUCCUACCGGACAUCAUGGCCAACUCCGGCGGAGUGAUGGUGAGCUGCUUCGAGUGGGUGCAGAACAUACAGGGGUUCAUGUGGGACGAGGAGAAGGUGAAUCGGGAGCUCAAGACAUACAUGACCCGCGCCUCAAACAUAGUUCUGAAUAUUUAGGCAAUGUAUGGCACAGUAGAAAAUGGAAAGUAGUUAUGUAAAGUAUAUCUUCGAAAACCAGAAUUGGCUCAAUUUGGAAGAAUGCCUACUUCAUAUGAAUUUCUUGCCCGCUUUGCACGCGUUGCUACAUGUGUAUUAUCAUGCCUUAGCCAUAAUCAUUGUCAACAAAUAUGGAACAGAAGAAGUAUGUCUCCUAUUUUAGUCCUCUCUGUCAUGUUCGCGUGCACAACCUAUUUUGCCAAUGAGCAAGUUUAGCAUCUGUUUGUUCUUCCAUGAUCUUAUGCUGGUUGCCUGGUUCUCAUUGUCGUCCUAGCUGUCUAGUUAGUAAGCAGAACUCUGUUAGAGUAAAGCUAGCUGGGACAUCUGUUUCAGUAUUGUUACCCAACAGACUUAGGCCUAGAUAUAUUAGUUGUAAAUUCAUUAGCUCCAUGUAUCGCAUUAGUUUCGAUGCAAAACACAAGCUGCAAUGUGCCAACUCUUGUCGACAUGUCUAUAUCAGUAUAAAAAUGGUACAUGGUGUUCCUGAUGCUAUUCCUUCUUAUUUUCUGCAGGAGAGGCUGGCAUUUGACAAUAUGGUUCUGUGUGUGCAUUGACUGCUGGUGCUGCAGCCUGAAAUUUUUCUUGUGGAGUGGACUGAAGUAAUCCAUCAAACUAGCUGCAUUAUUGAUUCUGUUCUUUUUGCUGGCGAGGUGGAUGAAGAGGAAGCAGUGCCGUCGUAUCGCACAGGCCAGGUGGGUGGUGGCCGCUGGCUCCGAUCCCCUGGGUGGUUGGGUGUGGCUGGCGGCUCCAACCGCCCCGGUCAGGAGGGCGGCGUUGGCGUUCAAGCUGAAUGCAUGAAGUGUCCACGGAGAGAGUUUGACGCCAGCGACGAGCAUAGAGAGGCGGAUCACGAUGCUGUGGACGGAGCAAAAUUCAGAGAAAACCCAUAAGAUCUCAUGAUGGCUUCAUGCACAGAGUAAGCGGAAUCCAUUCUUUGGUUUUAAAUCAUCUCAUGUGUUGCCUUAGUUCUAACUGAUGACAAGAUUCGGCAUUCUCACCUUCAAUCCAACGUGUGGAUGAAGAACAAGCAGUGACGUCGUAUUCCGCAGGCCGGAUGGGCGGUCGCCGGCGGCUCCGUUCCCGUGGGUGAGGACGGCAGCUCCGUUACAGCCGGUGAACAGGGCGGCGGCGAUGGGACUGGCGUUGGAGGAGAAGGUCGCGUGUGAGAAGGCGGCUGGAAUGGAAUGUGAGUGGAGAAUCGAGUUGCAGCCGGCUAGGCCAGUUGGAUUGGAGGUUGUUGCAGAUAAUGGGGGAGGUGGGAGAGAAGUUUGGGAGGGCCGAUAGAUAUGCGCGUGGUGGGUUCAGCUCCUCUACAGUUCAGUUGUUACUGUAUGGGUGCUGUAGGCUCUACUAUCAACACCAAUUCUUUUGGCACGUCAUUUUUUUCUUCAGAAUCUGCCACGUCUGUUUCUGGCUUGCGCCCGGGCUUAGGCGAUCUCUUUGGCCAAACUAAUUGUGUGUUAA